AUGAGAGUUACAACGUUUAAUUUUCAAUUCUACUCAUACAAAAUGCCAACAAAUAGAGAACUCGAUUAUGAUGAUGACAUGGAUGUUGAUAUGGAUAAUAUCGAUCAUAAUGGUAAUAAUUUGCAGACAGGUCAUGACACGUUUACUAUCGACGAGAAUAAAGAAAUUCCAAAACAGCCUGCGGUUUUUGAGAGAAAUCUUCCAACAAAUAUGGUAGCUUGUGAAAACCCUAAAGUUCGAUUUCGCACUAAAAUUAAGGCCAUGAGCAAUAAUUCAUCCAGUACCACCAAUACAGCAAAAGCACAACAUCACGAAUCUAGUGCAGUAAAAACAAACUCAUCUUUGGAAUUACGUGAGAAAAUUUUGGAAAUGUCUAAAAGAAAUUCUGGUUCAUUUGCUGAUCAGUCAUCCCUCAUGCAAACAGCAACAUCACUACCAACGCUUAACAGUUACGCUACAGCAGGAAGUUUUGGUGCAAAUACAGCUGAAGAAGAAUGGAAUAAUGGAAAUUCCAUAGAUUCAGUGAAAAAUAAAAUCGUAUUUUUUAAUAAUAUCCUUCAGCCAAAAACUACUAGUAAAUUUAUAAAUUUAUUAAAAACAACUAAAGAAAUUGGUGUCGCCACUCGUGCUGUCAAUAACAACCGCAUUAAUACUCCAAUGAAACGGUCUGAUGGAAGUAAUAAUUUGAGUAACUUUUUUCAAUCAUAUGAUCAAUUAACAUCAACACCCUUGAUGAAAACACCAACACCUCAAAAGUUUUCUGGUUCAUCUUUCAUUAAUGGAAUGAGAAAUCCAACGAAGAGCUCAACCAAACGUUUGAAUACUGUACAGAAUAUCAAUGGUGCAAAACCUCAAAUGCAUGCUGCCAUGGAGGAUCUUGACUUAGUUGUUCCUGUUAGACUCAGAGUAGCUGAGUAUGAAAGACGCAUUUCGAUGGCUUAA